AUGACUCUUACCCCCGUUUUUGCCGUUGAAAUGGAGAAAGACUGCGAUUGCUAUAUCGUCACAAAAGACAUCAACAACGAAACCGUCUUUAGCAACGUCUUUCAAGAAAGCUUAGAACUCGUCGUCAAGCAAAUCGGAAUCACAAACGAGGCAACAAAAAUGGUCGAAAAUCUCCGGCAAUCAAUUUUGAAGAUAACGCUUUCUUUGAAAAACAUUGUGAAGGAGCAUUUUGCGAUUUUCCGGCGAGUGGAAGCCUGGUUUCUUGAGAUGCAAAAGACUGGAGGAGAGAAUUUCAAGCUUCAAGAAACUUUGGAUUAUUUCAUCAAGGAAUUUCCGAAUGGGACGCGCCGACUUUACGAAAGCCUCAAUUUUCUAUUUCUUUCCGUGAUGGGCAGAUUCACCAGAAAACCCUACAAUGAAAAGAUCAUCAAUGAUCCAUUUUAUCAGUCAUUUCAACGAAUGACUCUGGAUAUUUUGCACGAAUGGACGCUUUUUGAAACGACAAUCUCGAGUGCUUGGUCGUUUGAAAUGAUCAAAAAUAACUUGCGACGAGGGCCUAUUUCGAUGGAAAAUGAACACUUGGACAUUCAUUUUUUGAGAACUCUUGGAGGGCAAGAAGCAGAAAAGUACAAAGAAACGCUCAAAAGAAUUAUUGACGCUCUUCAAAAUCACGGAAAGGAAAAUCGUGUCGUUCGCCCAAAAAGAAUAUUCAGCCAGGAAAGUGUCGACCAGAUCAAUACUUCUCGAAUUACUUUCCAGAAAAGAUGCCAGGAGUCUGUAUCAAUGCUUGACUCAAGAAUCAUGAAGAAGAAGCAGAGCUUGCCUAAAGAACAAAGGAAAAAAUUGGGCAUUGGAAGAGUUUAUGAAGCAUCUUUUCUGAAGGCACUAGCGAAGAGCCAGAAGUCACUCUAA